GAAAAGUUAUUUUUGAACUAUAAAUAGAUUUACUUCAAAACAAAAAGUGGGACACAAAUAUAGAUGUGGGUAAUGGGAAGUUGUCUAUAAAUAAUUUUGCAUUGCCAUCUUACUCAUUACUCAUUAUCUUUCUCAUCUUCGGCAUUAAUUGCAAUGUAUAUUUGGGCCUUACCAUUUCCCAUAGUAAUGGAACCUGAUCUGUGGGUUUCUUAUACAACAGCGUAUAUCGCCAUCGCCACUCUCGCCUUACUCCUCCUAUCCCGGUGGUUUCUUCUUCGUCCAAAGCUCAAUUUGCCUCCUGGCCCAAAACCAUGGCCGCUCAUUGGAAAUCUCAACUUAAUGGGUCCUUUACCACACCAAUCAAUUCACCAACUCUCCAAAAAAUACGGCCCCAUCACGCAUCUCCGUUUCGGCUCCUUCCCUGUUGUUGUUGGAUCCUCCGUUGAAAUGGCUAAACUUUUCUUUAAAACCCAUGAUUCCCUUUUCCUUUCCCGCCCCAGAAUCACUGCCGGAAAGCAUCUCUCUUACAAUUACUCAGGGAUCCUCUGGUCUCCAUAUGGACCUUACUGGCUUCAAGCUCGAAAAAUUUGCUCAACAGAGCUUUUCAGUGCAAAGCGUCUCGAUUCCUUUGAGUACAUGCGAAAGGAAGAAGUCAACUCUAUGAUUAAAGCAAUUCACAACUCUAUCGGAAAACCAAUCCAACUCAAAAAUCAUUUAUCCACAAUGAGUUUGAAUGUCAUAUGCCGAAUGGUAUUGGGAAAGAAGUAUGAAGAAAACACGUCUGUUCCGCCAAAUGAACUCAAGAAAAUGCUAGACGAGUUUUUCUUGCUGAGUGGUGUUCUUAACAUUGGGGAUUACAUACCCUUAAUUAGUUUCUUAGAUUUGCAAGGGUAUGUGAAGAGGAUGAAGGCAUUGAGCAAGAAGUUUGACAGGUUACUUGAAAAUGUGUUAGACGAACAUAAUGAAAGGAGGAAGGGAGUCGAGGGUUAUGUAGCUAAAGACGUGGUGGACGUUUUAUUGCAAUUGGCUGAUAAUUCAAAUCUUGAAGUCAAACUUGAAAGAAAUGGGGUGAAGGCAAUUGUUCAAGAUAUUAUAAUAGGUGGAACUCAAAGUUCUGCAAUAACGGUAGAGUGGGCAAUGUCAGAGCUUUUGAAAAAGCCAGAGAUUUUCGAUAAAGCAAGUGAGGAGCUGGAUAGAGUGAUAGGGAGGGAAAGAUGGGUGGAAGAAAAAGAUAUUGUUAAUUUGCCAUAUAUUGAUGCAAUUGUGAAAGAGACGAUGAGGCUGCAUCCUGCAGCGCCAAUGCUAGUGCCAAGAAUGGCUAGAGAGGAUUGUCAAAUUGAAGGGUACCACAUAGAAAAAGGAACGAGAGUGGUAGUGAAUGUGUGGACCAUUGGGAGGGACCCAACAGUUUGGAAAAAUCCAGAGCUGUUUGAUCCAGAAAGGUUUAUUGGGAAGGAUGUGAAUGUGAAAGGACAAAACUUUGAGAUUUUGCCAUUUGGGUCGGGAAGGAGGAUGUGUCCUGGUUAUAAUCUUGGUUUAAAGAUUAUUCAAACAAAUUUGGCUAAUUUGUUGCAUGGGUUUUGUUGGAAAUUGGUUGAGGAUAUGAAGGAGAAGGAUUUGAACAUGGAGGAAUUGGCUGGUAUCUCAACUCUCAAGAAAUUUCCACUUCAUGCUGUGGCAAAGCCUCGACUUCCUUCUCAUCUUUACUGAUAAAAACUAUGUUAUUAAUGUUGUAGUUUUAAGUAUAGAUACUCAUAAAUAUACUUUUACGAAAUAUUUAAUAGUUUAAAAUGUAAUUAAGUUAUCUAAAUCCUAGAUGCAUUGGAUAGAUGGGGAGCAUUGGAAAUGUGUAGUGUAACAUUGUAGAAAUGGUAAAAAGUGAUUUUAUAGACUAGUUUGUUUGUGUAAAA